GUGGAAAGCACAGGUGGAGCUCAGUCCAGGCUGCGAGCGGGUUUGUCCUGGGACAGCGGCAUCAGCGGACUCUCAGCAGCCAGUCACAUCGCAACACAGCUGGAGGUUCUGCAUGUUGGGCAGGCGCUGCUGAAGGCCAUCGACGUUCUGAAGCGUGAAGUGCUGCGUCAGCGGCAGGAGAAAGAGGAGCUGGAGGCCACGGUUCGAGAGCAGGUCUGCGCUGAGAUGAUGGAGGUCAUCAGCCGCAUGCAGGAGGACUUCAGCGAGACGCUGGAAACCGAGAGGGAUCUGAUGGAGAAGAGAUGCGAGAACAAACUCAACAACUUGAAGAGCAGCCUGAAGAAAUAUUACAGCCAGGAGCUAGAGGAGCGAGACGAAGAGAUCCGAGAGCUUGCAGCAGCUCUGAAGGAGAACGAAGAGGGUCACAUCGCCCCGGCUCCCAUUUUCCCGCCUCUGAGUGACGUCAGCGGUCCACGGCGCUCCCGGCGCUUGGCUUCCACACACAAGCGAGACGCGGAUCACGAGAGCGUGGAGCUGACGCAGUGUAAAGCCGAGCUGGAGCAGUGCAGAGCUGAGCUGGACCUGAAACACACAGAACUGCGCCUGAAAACUCUGGAACUGAAGCGUCUCCAGGAGAACCUGCCAGUGACGGGCACCACAGGAACCCUGACCACCACAGCUGAGCGCAAACUGCAGGAGGGCCAGCGGAACCUGAAGCAGCUGCGGCUGGAGCUCCAGAUGCUGGGCGUGAAGCUGCAGUCUGGAGAACGAGCGUGCUGCCGCAACACCGACGGAGAGAGGCUCCGAAACGCACUCUCCUCCGCCGACGGCAAACUCGCCAAACAGGACCAGAUGCUGGUGGAGCUGCACACUAGCCUGCAGCUGGUCAGAGCAGACCUGCGCAAGAAAGACGAGCUGCUGGCACAGCUACAGCACAGCCAGCCUCCUCCGCCAGCGUCCGGCUCCUGCAAGAAGAGGGGCUGCGGCGUGGCUUACGUGGAGAACCAGCCUCCUGAGAAGCGCCCCUUCUUCCGCUCGUUCUUCCCCUCGCGCCAGAGGCCUGAGGCGGGCACACCGUACACCCGAGUGUUGCGCUCGCGCCAGCCGUCCCCUCCGUCCACUCCCAUACAGCUCCGAGUCAAAUAUUAGGAGCUCAGCAGUGGACGCAGACAAGAGCUUUUAUAUCUUGCAGUUUUUAUAUUUCUGUCUUUAAUAUAAUCAGGUGGCCGUUUGACGCAUGAAUG